UGCAGCGGCCAUCAUUGAUUCUGUCAGCGACGCCGUUUGCGGAAGGAAGUGUCUUACGCUGCAGCAUUUCCAAUUUCAAGAUGGUAGCCUGAGCAAAACGAGACCUCCCCUACCUACCUCCGUUCCUCACUGUUUUGUGUGGAGUUUUUUAACCUGAUAUGACGCACUAAAGGACCCGACGGAAAUAGAACUGAAGGCGUUCUAAAAUGGCGAACCGCACAGUGAAGGAUGCGCACAGCAUCCAUGGCACCAACCCUCAAUAUCUGGUGGAGAAGAUCAUUCGGACUCGAAUCUACGAAUCCAAGUACUGGAAAGAGGAGUGCUUUGGCCUAACGGCUGAACUUGUAGUCGAUAAAGCCAUGGAGUUAAGGUUUGUGGGUGGCGUCUAUGGUGGCAACAUAAAGCCAACUCCCUUUCUGUGUUUGACCUUGAAGAUGCUUCAGAUUCAACCAGAGAAGGAUAUCAUUGUUGAGUUUAUAAAAAAUGAAGACUUCAAGUAUGUCCGCAUGUUGGGAGCACUUUACAUGAGACUGACAGGCACUGCAAUUGAUUGCUACAAGUACUUGGAGCCUCUGUACAACGACUAUAGAAAAAUUAAGAGUCAGAACCGAAAUGGGGAGUUUGAACUGAUGCAUGUAGAUGAGUUCAUUGAUGAAUUACUGCACAGUGAGAGAGUCUGUGAUAUCAUUCUGCCCCGGCUACAGAAACGCUAUGUGCUAGAGGAAGCUGAGCAAUUGGAGCCUCGGGUUAGUGCUCUAGAAGAGGACAUGGAUGAUGUCGAGUCCAGUGAAGAGGAGGAAGAAGAGGAUGAGAAGUUGGAGAGAGUACCAUCACCUGAUCACCGCCGGAGAAGCUACCGAGACUUGGACAAGCCCCGUCGCUCUCCCACACUGCGCUACAGGAGAAGUAGGAGCCGGUCUCCCAGAAGGCGGAGUCGGUCUCCCAAAAGGAGGAGCCCCUCCCCUCGUCGAGAGAGGCAUCGGAGCAAGAGUCCAAGACGUCACCGCAGCAGGUCCCGAGAUAGACGGCACAGAUCCCGCUCCAAGUCCCCAGGUCAUCACCGUAGUCACAGACACAGGAGCCACUCAAAAUCUCCUGAAAGAUCUAAGAAAAGCCACAAGAAGAGCCGGAGAGGGAAUGAAUAAUGGACUCAGUUUGGAUUUAAUCCAAAUGGCCUCCUGCAGAUAUGAAGUCCUCUCUCUAUGUGGAAAUAUUAAGACGUACUCCCUAGGCAGCUAUGGGAAUAUUUUAGGUUUUUUGGGGUUUUUUUUUUUAAACCUAAAAGUUUUUUUUUUUUUUUUUUUUAAAUGAAAGAGGUGCUGAGUUUUGUAUCUCUUUUUGAAUCCUAAUCCAUGUUUGAGAUAAAUGCUCCCCAAGGGCUGCUUUUGACCCCUUGUACAACCAACAUUGAGGAUUUGAGGGUUGGAGGGUAUGACAAGAAGAGGAUAUGGCCACCUGGUGAUCCUUUUGUUAUUAAAUUUAACACCCCCGUUUUCCAUCUUUCUGUGGUUUACUUUUUGGUUUGCUCCCUGAUUGAAACUUGAGAAUCCUAUGAUUUGUGCUACUGCUGUUACAUUCAAAGAUCAAGUUGGUGCCAACUUUUUUCCCCAGCAUGAAAGCUGAGUAGCAGCAGCUUUGUUUAAAAAAAAAAAAAAAAAAGGCAGUGUAAGGCUUCUAGAUGAUUUAAUCCAGUUGCACUAAACAGUUCGACAAACAGUAAAUUUAACAUUUUUUAUAGCAUUCUUAUAUAGUGUUUCUUCUUCCACACAAGCCUUGAAUUCCAGGUCAAGAUGCUCAACCUUUAUUCUUCAAGAAUUGACAUUACCCAAGUCUAGUCAGUAGGGCAAGAUUGAAAAGUUUGAUGGAGAGAAAAGUAAUAACACUCAGGGUUUUGAUCCAAAUUGUUGGACCGCAGUGCCAUUCACAAAGCCAGAAAAUAUAGCAGGAAGAGACCAGGUUUUACAGGGGCAGGUAGUGAGAGUUGUAGUAGUGAAAAUGAUGCAUUCAGUUUAACUUGAGGCAGCCAUGGUAUAUCUAGACAAAGCCCAGAAAGUUGUAAAUAGGAACUGGAGUUGAGCAUAGUGAUCUAGACCUGAAUUAACAAUAGGUAGUGUGAAUGUGUAGAAUUAAACAGAUUGCCCAGGGAGUGUUUGUAUGUGUAGGAAAAGCCAAUAACAGAACCCUAGGUAACAGCCAGCACUGGUGAGAGGAGAAGUGCAGUCAUGGAUUGAAAACUGAAAUGAACCAUUCAGAAAAGAGAAUUAGAAAAGGUCUAAGGGUGCAGAAGCAAAGUUAAGGACUGAAAAAUGUAAUCAAGAGGGUGUUGGGAUCUUUGUUAGAAAAGUUCCAUUUACCUGUACUUACCUCUCCUCCUUUAAAAAUGGAAAAGUGAUUGAAUGACUUCCUGCAGCUCUGGUCCCAGCAAGAAUUGUGAAUACCAACUGCCUCACAGGAUGGAUCCACUUUCUUGGGAAGCCAUAUCUGGUCAUAGGAUUCACAUUCUAUUGCUUGCUAUUGAACUGAAGGAUUAUUGCGGCAAUAUUAAAGCAUUUGGGCAUCA